AUGGCUCAAGACCAAGAUCCGGCAGCCGAUGAGUCCCUAGAACGUGCUAUCUCAUCUGAGCAUAGCUCGACAAAGGGUUCGAAUCCUUACAUGGAUACCGAUCUGCCCUCACCCAAGCGCAGGCGUACUUCUCGCAGCGACCCAUCUCGAAGCCGAUCCAUCGAUUCGCCCUCCUCUACAGGGCUCUCGUACGAUUCUCCCGGCAUCUCGUCUACCAACCCGGUACCUGAAACCAAGACAGAUCCCGACACGAUGGAUAGCAGCAGUGGCACAGAGCGGCCUACCGUUCCAAAUGCUCCCCGUCCUGCCACCCCAGAGCCAAAGGCUACACACCCUGAGCCUUCCUGCUCGCGGUCAAAUCGAGUCACCAUAAACGUGCGGACACCUUCUCGCGCUCUCGAUACGAUACCUUCGUCGCCCACCUCAGCCUCUCUACCGAAUUCCGGAGAACCAUUGUCGUCAGUCGAUAACGUACAAACAAGCGUGGAGGCGCCCGAGGUUGACAUGACCCGGGAUGAUGCCAUUCAGGAUGCUCUUCCCUCUCCGGUCUCAGAUGCCAGUAGCCCUGUGAUUGAGGUUGCGAUGGGGAAUGAGACUGACAACGUCUUCACUUUGGAGGAGACCCUUGUCGUGGAAGAGCCAGUCACGGAUAAUAUGCCCGACUUCCCUUUCCACGAAGAGCACGAGACCUAUCGGGAUACGAUUGAAAAACUGGCCCCCCUUCUAGAUGAGCAGGUUGGCCGAAACGUUGCUCUGUGGAUUGGAGACUUUCUGAAUCACAUGAGAAAUGUCCCUAUUUCUGCAGUCACUGGCUGGUACACGCGAUUCACUCCCCUGUGGCAUUCGCUUCCUACAUUAGCUUCAGCAUGGUGCGACCGGCGGCACUUAUACCCGAGCGUCAAGACUAUCAAACGCGAGCCGUAUGGCCUUUAUCAGCAGUUUGCGAAGCUCACUGCGUUCUUCGUCGAACUCGAUGUUCACCGCCUUGAGGAAUGCGCAACUGUGGAAGAACGGAGGCAGGUGCAACUUGUUUCACUCGGUUACAUGCACGUUCUUUCUGCACUCAUCAACCACGAUGGGUUCUAUCAACAGCCGGACGACGAAGGGUGGAGUUACGUCUUGGAAGCCUCACAUAUCGUGGACGCGUUCCUCAAUUAUGGCGGCAGCCCUGCCCUCACACCCUUCCACGUUGGACGUUUUACACAACUCGUGUCCGAGUUGUUGCCCAAGAACCCCAGACUCAUCAACGACCUGGCAUGUGUGAGCUUUCUCUUCUGGGCUAUCACACGAAAAGUCAUUCCCCUCAGGUCAGAAAACCCAACCUACCUGAACCAAGAUCCUGCCAAGAGCGUUAUUUCCUCGGGAUAUGUCGUCUACAAAGCUCUUUCGCCCAAGCUGGAGGCCAUCAUCAACGGCGAUGACCAAAAGCAUCUUCUUUGGGAACCCACACUGCGCCACCUCCUCUCACUGACAGCGCCCGCUUUAUCCCUGAAGGCUGUUGCGUAUCUGUGGAAGUUUCGAAUGUUUUGCACUCUCAUCAUGUCCGGCCAAAUGCAGCUUCGGAUACGAUCCGCGGUGGGAAUGUGCUCCGAUUUGAUUGGCUUCUACAAGAGAUACAAUAACCACUCAGACGACACCAGUCCUGCCUUCCUGCAGCACAUUGCCCACUAUCUCAUGGAAUCUGGCCUGGUAUCCUACAUCUUGGGACCCAAAUGCCAUCCAGAGAUUACGCUAGAGUCCAGCAACAUCAUUGGCUUCCUGGCUGUGACCCGGACAUAUUCCACCGAACACACCGACCUCAUGUUCCAGACUAUCCAGUCAACCCAGGAUCCGCGGAUAUCCAGUGCGCUCAUAAACAUGAUCAGCAAGAUCGUACAGCUUUUCAAUCCAAGCGAUCUCUUAUACUUCUGUACAAGGGUGGAAGCGAUGCCUCUGGACUCGGUCACCUCAACCGUGAGGGACUUCUGCACUCAGGUCAUUCAGCAGCUGACUGACAAGCUGGAGAGAAUAGGCAACAUUUCGACCCCCUAUUCAUUAUGUGUUCGCCUCGUACGGGAUUCUUCCGUCUUUGGGUCACAGUCUCAGAUUGCUUACCCUGAAAUCCACCACUACGCAAUACAGAAGUUCUCGGAGCUGUUGAGGGAGGGUCCAACUGAGGAGAUUCGCAUGCAAACCUACACGCAGUGCUUGGGAGAUAUUUCUUUGAGAACCCAAUAUGCACUGGGAAGCCUAUGGAUUUUGUCCAGGAUGACGCGCUCGUCCGCGGGCAGGGAACUCAAGUUGCUGGCUAGGCAGCAUGACCUGGUCAGAAUUCUCGUUGAGGAGUUUGAAGGCUCGAUUCCUACCGCGCGGGCUGCCGGGUUUCCUCCGGUUAUUAGCGGCUAUGCUAAUACACCUCGAAGAGAGCUUCUGUCCUGGGUUCUCGGCGAUGGGUCUCCCGAGAUUCCCUCCGAUAUCAGCAUGAAACUUUGGAACCUGCUUGUUGGUCCAGAGGCGGCAUGCGAAGAAGACCGGACCGCGGGAUGGAAAUUGCUGCAGGAGAAUUCCAAAGCAAAAGUUGCGUCCACUUCCUUCACCGACUUUCUCCCAUCGCUUGCUCCGGAGUUCUUUACCUUGGGCACAAUUGACUUCAUCCGCACCGGCAUCUUGCCGAUCAUCCAUGCUCCGCGUAUCCUCGUCGAAGAUACAGAGAGCAUCGGCCAUUUUGGGAUAGAGCAACUUUGGCGCAUUAUCCUAUCGGUACCGGAGGGUAGUAUUGAAAAGCCAGCCAUUGACCUCCUUGUAGGGGAGGUAUAUAUGGGAAACAAGUCUCACGGCCCGGUUCCCCUCCCCAUCGCUCGCCAACUACACUUGGCCUUGGCCGAACGUUGCCUUGACCAGCUGAUCUCGGCGGCUAAGGAAUUGAGACGUCUUUGCAUCGAUGUCUCCAACGGGAAGUGUAAGAUGAAUGACACGAUGACCCUAGAGCAGCAGGUAUGCGACCAGGAACGCCUUUGCGUCCGCCCGCUUGCCGUUCUCACAGCUUUUCAUCGGGAGUAUAAGAAUAAUCCCAAGUUUUCCGCACCUGAUCUUCGCGCUCUUAGCCUGUAUCCACCGAAGCAGGUCGAGGGAGACCCAGCUGAACUCAAAUACCAGUCGUUUGAUGGCGAAUCCCAAACCGACGUACUUCCGCUCAGUAUCGGCAAGCUCAACACGGCCCGGUCAUUGUUUGGAAGCUUGCGUGAGGUCACGGGGUUUGGUAACUACCGGAUGUAUUACCGAGGAAAUAUACUCCUACCUCGAGAGGAGUUGAUGUGCAAGUCGCUGGAGGAACUGCGUAUUCAUGACGGCUUGAUCCUCGUCAAACGCGAAGCAGACGACAAUGCUGCAUUACCUAGCGAGAACAUACCUUCCGGAGCUUCACCUGUUGAGGUUGUCAUUCUGCGUCAUUUUGAGGAGUUGUAUGAGUGCUUGACAAUGGAGAAGAUUUCGGAAGAGGCAAGCUAUCCCCGUGUCAAUUGCUCCGACGGCUCUUUUACUAACACGAUGCAGAUAUAUGAUCUCCUAAGCCAACUUCCGGCCGAUGAAAACAUCCUGAAGCUCAUUGAUAAGCCUUCAACAACCCACCGGGAUAUCUUCCCGACGGAUCAGCCUUUCAAGGCCAAGUAUUCCGUCUAUGCCCUACGAGAAUAUAUCGAGCCUCCAAAAGAAGGCGUUGUCAAUCACCACGCUGAGGGUGUCAACGGGAACGAAGAUACAAUCAACCCACACAGCAAAUCUCUGCUUAGAGGCUUGCGCAUUGUGGUUGAUGCGAUAUCGGACCAGAGUUUGACCCGAAACUGGCCUAGUCAUCAAAUGCAGCUUGACUGGAUCUUCAACUUGGUAGAAUGCUUGGUUCUCAUACUCCAAGAUCCGCUCCUACCAAACUCGGCUAUCGACCUCAUCGACGCAACAUUGCUGGAUCGGUUGGUCAGCAUUCUAGUCUCCUGUCACAACAGCGCAGUCGAACACACUGUUCGUCGCAUACAGGUCUGCCUCCACAGCAUCUUGGAAGCCUGCUCGAUGAGUCCAGAACUCAUGAAAGCGUGCUUCGAACAUCAUGACGUCCCCACAUUGCUCGCGGAUCUGUUACUACAUGACCAACGCGCAAGCGUUAGGCAGAGUACAAAGGAGAUGUUGCUAGGGAAGUUUGAUCUUGGUGUCCCCACCGAUCCAGGAAGGGUUGCUCAGGGCUCAGAGACGUUGUCUGCUGGUGACAACCCCUUCCGCGCAUACCUAUGGCCUAUCAUCUCGGGCUUUGUGCGGUCGGCCAUGAGUGGCCCCGGUAACCCCACAGAGUUUUUCGAACUUUGCCAGAGCAUGUUGAAGACUCUGGAAAGUUGCGACUCACAUCUAGUUGACGUUCAGAAACUUUCCCAGGAGUGUAUCGGAUUGCUCCUUGAGUAUCAGACCUUUGAGGACCCUACACAACCCUCUAAGGUGGAUGUUGCCGUUAGCGGCCUGAUCGAUCUGAUCUGGGCGAUGGUCAGCGGGCAUCAGGAUCUUGGAGACACACUGGCCGGCGUCGCUCGCAAAAUCUACUGGCAGCAUCUCUAUCCGCCUUUGGGCACAAAAGAGGCGGAGAAUUCGAGGCCCAUAAUUACCGAUACCACGAGGGAUAAACUUUGGGGCAUCGUUCUGGUCCUCGUCGCCGAAGACCCAACACAGGUUUCAUGGCUCAUCGGGGACUUGAAGGCCUUGACCCCACCACGCCCCGACCCAGAAUACCACCCCUACUUGUACGAAGUUCCUCUGCCGUAUGAGCGGGAGAAAGUUCUCAGAUCUUCAGCCGGCUAUGUGGGACUGAAAAACCUAUCCAACACGUGCUACUUCAACUCUUUGUUGACUCAGCUCUACAUGAACACGGACUUCCGUGAGUACAUUUUGCAAAGCCCAGUACGGAACGUGGUUGCGGGGUCUCAGAAGCUACUCCUUGAGAUGCAGAGACUCUUUGCGUUCAUGCAAAACAGCAUACGUCGCUUUGCCAACCCGGAUGACUGCAUUGGGAGCAUCAGAACGUACGAGGAUACGGUGAUCGACGUCACUAACCAGAUGGAUGUCGACGAGUUCUACAACCUUCUUUUCGAUCGAUGGGAAGGGCAGUUUCCCAACACUGCGGAGAGACGCCGGUUCCGCUCAUUCUACGGAGGACAGCUAGUCCAACAGGUCGCCUCCAAGGAAUGCAGCCAUGUCUCCGAACGGCUGGAACCUUUCUCUGCCAUACAGUGUGACAUCAAAGGGAAGACCACUUUGCAAGAGAGCUUGCAAGCAUAUGUGGAUGGAGAGAUUAUGGAAGGCGAGAACAAGUACAAGUGUUCGGAAUGCAACUGUCACGUUGAUGCUGUCAAGAGGGCUUGCCUGAAGGAUAUCCCCGACAAUCUCAUCUUCCAUCUGAAACGUUUCGAUUUCAAUCUGCGUACGCUUCAGAGGAGCAAGAUCAACGACUUUUUCUCUUUUCCCGACAAGAUUGAUAUGCACCCCUAUACCAUGGAGCACUUGAAGAAUCCAGACGAGGACCAGCAAGAGGAUGUCUUUGAGCUUGUCGGGGUCCUAGUGCACUCUGGGACGGCAGAGUCAGGCCACUACUAUUCCUACAUUCGUGAACGGCCGUCGAGAAGCGAACAGCCGGUGUGGGUUGAGUACAAUGAUGACUCGGUGACAAACUUUGAUCCUAGUCAGCUGGAAAACGCCUGCUUCGGCGGCAUCGAUUACAGAUCAAGCUCCGACCACAACGGCAUGCACUUUGAAAAGUCUUAUAGUGCCUACAUGCUGUUUUAUGAACGGUCGUCAUCUCUUGCAAGGAAGCAACAAAAGCUUGUCGAACUUGGGCAAGCCAGCCCGCUCCGGGUCGACAUGUUGCCCUACCUAAAACCCUGGAUUGGGGAGGACAACAUGACAUUGCUGAGAAAACACUGCUUGUUCGACCCAUACCACACACGGCAUGUGUGUCGCGCCCUGGAGCUGAUGAGGCAAUCUAACGGUCAUCAAUGCACUCCAGAUCAUGCGAUUGAGUGCGAAGCCAUUACGAUGGGGCUCGGCCAUCUGGACCAGGUCGCUUCGAAACUGAAAGAUCUGCAAGACUUCCGGUUGCUGGCAGAGGAGAUCGUGCAACUCUCUGGGGAUUGUCCUCACUCGAGCCUAGAGAUCUUUCGGUGCUCUUCUGGGCCGUAUGAGCCAUUACGGAUGCUUCUGCAGAGAAAUCCUGAUGCCGACGUUCGCCAGAAGACGCUCGGAAUUUUGAUUGAGGCGCUCAAGGUCAUCAAGGAACAGUUACCAUCGCGGUACGGUUUGCCGUCUCUCGAUGCGAAUGACGUUGAUUUCCAGGAUUCAGCCGUGGAAUAUGUCAUGCUUCUUUUUGAGACCCUUUUUGCGAACAUCUGCUCGACCACGAGGUCGUGGCCUGAAGUAUUUGGUUUGAUGGGGGCGUUCGUCAAGCUGGGACGCCACGAGAUGGCGCAUUACUUGAAGAGGCCAUUCCUCGAGAUUCUUCUGAAGCUCAUCAUGGCUGAUGCAAAUUUGCGCAUUGGUCAACAGUACCAAAAGCUUGCCAUACAGCUCUCGCGCCGAGCCAAAAACCGGUUGCCCAACUUCGGAUCACUCAUUGGUUUGCUGGAUGUUCUGCUCGCCUCUAUGCAAGUCGAAGACGAUAACCAGAUCAGGGUUACUGUGGGCCGGCCUGACCAGCGCCUUCAGAAUGAUCCAUGGCUCGAACAACCUUUCCUGUAUACCCAAAUGGAAGCCAACCUUCUGGAAAUGAUGUGGGAUAAGACUCAAGCCAACAUCUUUGCCGAAAAGCUCAUCAGCAUCUACCAGAACGUUGAGGGCACCCACCGGAUAAUCAUCAACCUGGUGAAGCAAAACCGAUGGCUCGAAGAGGGCAUUUUCAACGCUCUUGUCGCCAAUAUCAGCAGCCAGAACUCAAGCCAGCUCAUCUAUCCUUUCCUACAUGCGUCACUGAUCUUUUGCCGUCAUGCGCCUACCAGGUUACUGGUAGACAAGCUCAUAGAGCAUGUUUGCGACCAAUGCCGCGUCGUGGAGAGUGCAGAUGGCGGAGCGUUUUUGGAGUUCCACCGGGCUCUGUUCGAUUCCCAUCGAGAGAGCCAGGAUGAUGAGACCGUUACUCUUCAAAUGAUCAGCAUCCUUCCCGAUUGGGCUCCCGGCUUAUUGGGCCACUAUGAUGCGAGAACAAGUUUGGAGACUGAGCGCUUCCUGAACGAGAAGCUUUUCCAGUACGGACCAUCACCCUCAUUUGGCGAUACCGAGCAGGAUAAAAGGAAAGCGGAGUGCAUGAAGACGAGCGCGAAGCGAUUAGGAAUCCGGUGCCUGCAAUACCUAAGGGACAAUUUCGUGGAGACGGGCAUCGAAGUGUCAGCGCGACUUGUUCAGAGCCUGGAACGGGUAAUUGAUCAGUGCAUCAAGUACUUGCCUCCUCCGGGUGGUCCUGAAGAGGAUAACGAGGCCAAGGGGUUCAGAAGGCUUGUUCAUGUUAUCGGCCAACGAUUGCACGCGCUGAAGGUAGACGAGGUGGAAGAAGAUGGGUCCGAGUGGGAGAAUUCGUCAGUUAACUCUGAACAGUUUGAUGAACUGGGAGAUGUCAAGAUGUCAACGGAGGAGGUUAACGAAGGCGACCUGCAGUAG